AUGGACACAUUGACAGUUUUCAACAAGGUGUUGGGAAUAAACCAGGUAUUCUCCUUGGUGCUGCCGAACGGAGAUUUGAUUGAGGACCUCCAACUGGUCAACAUUCACGACACAACCAUCUCAUUAAACCGUCGACCUGGCCACUUAUCGGAUGCGCUGAUGGAAAGGAUCAACCAAAUGCCAGGAAAAAAUGCGGAGCAACGGUGGAUCAUCUACGAAAACUUCAUCCUCAAACAACAUCAAGCAGUUAUCAAUGGUGGUGAAGUCAGUCUUAUUCCGCCGUUAGAGCUGGAGGAGUUAUUCAGAGUAGCACAAGCCAAAUUCUUGGAGAACAGGUUGAUGAAGCCAAGUGGCCUAGCUAAAGACCUGAUGCAGCUUUGA